UCUAAUCAGUUAUUUGGACAAAAACAUAUGCGAGAGAGAGAGAGGGCGACGAUAGAGGCGAUUAGGGUUCGGUAUGAUUUCGUUGAAGUGGGAUCCAUGAAUCGAUUGGGGAUGGCGAAUCGGGUUUCUCGGUGAUGAUGGGGAGAAUCAGAGUGAGAUUACUAGGGGAUCUUUUUCAUAUCAAUGGAGGAUUGUGAGGGUUCAAAUGGGGAAAGAUGGUGACGAAGGGGCGAGUAAGGGUGAGGUUAAGAGGGGAUCUCUAGGCAGUCGCAGAGGGAUGGCGAUGAUACAAAGAAUGGAAAGUUUUGGGAUUUACGACAGCCUGGCUCCGCUGGCGAUUUGGAUUCCGAUCAUCUUCUGUAUCAUUAGGCAAUCGUUGGGAUAUCAAGGGUCAUUUGAUUGGGAACUUGGGGGAUACAAGGAACGGAGAGGGAACUCGGAAGAGACUCAAGAUUACGGUGGCUCACUUUGACAAUUCUGAUCUCAUCAAAUCGUGUUCCAAGAUUUUGGUCGGACGGUGCAUGAAUCCUCCGGCACAGGAGAUGAAGGCUCUCCUAUCCAAUCUCCCGAAAAUCUGGAACCUUGUGGAUCGGGUGGUAGGCAAAGAUUUGGGGAUGGGUAAAUUUCAGUUCGAGUUUGAGAAGGAGGAGGAUAUUGAUGGUGUCUUAAAGCUUCAACCAUAUCAUUUCGAUUAUUGGAUGUUAGCUUUGGCAAAGUGGCAACCGAAGAGGUCACCAAACUACCCAUCGGAGAUACCGUUUUUGGGUUCGGGUUUUGGGAGUCUCGAAGGAGUUCAGGACCAUCCCAACAUUUGAAAAAAUUGGAGAGGCUAUUGGAAGGGUGAUCGAGGUAGAUUUGGAGCUGAUGCGAGUAUUGGUGGUGGUGGAUACCUUCAAGGAACUCUGUUUUGAAACCUCUGUUGACUUCACUGGUGGAGAAUUCUAUGAAGGGGAGGAAGUACCUAUUUUACUGCGGUACGAGAAGUUGUUCGGAUACUGUGAGGCUUGUGGUAGUCUCUGUCAUCAAGAGGCAAAAUGCCCAUUGAUGAAAGGGUUCAAGCAGCAUCCUGAGAGGAAGAUGGAGAUCAGUGAGGGUAGUGGAGGAUGGCAUGAAGGGAACAAGCACGACGAUAGGGCUAGAAGCUUCAAAGGGGUGGUGAUUAAUGGUAAUGGGGCGCAACAGAAUCGUGAAAGGGAUACAAAGGAUUACUAUGGUAAGGGGAAGGGUAAAAUGUUUGAGGAAACAUAUUCUAAGUGGGUUCGAGUUGCUGAUAGAAGUAACAGGAAACCUUCUGGAUAUAAAGGCAAUGCUAGAGGAAAUGGGGAGGAGACGAGGAACAGAACAGUGCAACGGGAUGAGGAGAAUUUCCUUGAUCAGGAAGGGAAGAAAAAAGAGACUCCUAGACAACAAAUUUGGUCGCAGGAAGAGGCACAAGAGGAAGGAGAGAUUAGGACUGAGAGGGACGACAAUCAGCUCCCUCCAUCUCAAGGCGUUCAAAGGCAGUUAACUGAAACGCAGGCGAUGGGAGCUGAGGUCGUUUCGGACCCUAAAGACACGGAGAAUGGACUCAAGCAGCUUCAGGGGUUAGUAGAGGGACAGUUGAAGAUAAGGGAGGAUGAGGUGAUGGAUUGGGAUGACCUAGAAGCAGCGGAUGAGCUCCCGGAUCUUACUGAAGAGGAAAUGGCAGCGAUGAACCUAGAGCUUGAGGAAAAUGCCGUGCUUGAUGACGUGGACGAGCAACCGGUGAAUGAGGAGGCAAAAGGGCAACAAGCAGAGAUGGAGGCGACAGCAGAAACGAAACAGGCGACGAAGAAAAGACUGUUCAAAUCUACUCUCAGCACGGCAGCGAGCACAAAGAUGAGAAGCGCCAAAGGCCUUGCUUCACCUCGCAAGCGAGCUCCGGUGAAGGCAGGAACGCGUACGGGGGACAACAGGCACCAGCAGGAGAGUAAGGCUGCUUCACUCUUGCUUGCGGUCCAUCAGAAACCAUAGUCUUAUGGAUACAGUAGCCAUUAUUAAGAAGAUUCAUCAGCAGUAUGGGGAUCUUGUUGUGGGGUGUUGCUUUAAGUUUUUAAUAAACUCUAUGAGCAAGCUUUUAUUUUUUGGGUUAAAUGGGGAAGCUGUUAUUGGUCUUCGUGGCUUUUGUUUUUUUUGGUUAUUUGUUGUUUUUUUCUGGUUUUUUGUUGUUGCUCAAGUCAAGUAUUGGAAUGUCUUUUUGCAUUGGA